AUGACGCAGGAGAUCUCACUCAUCGAAUACCCUCUCUGUAUCCCCUCCCCCCAAUCCGUUCCCUCCUCCAACCCCUUCCUUCCACCCCACUCAGUUCAUGCGCUUUCUCUGCCGCACCGCACAGAGGGCAUGGAGGCGGGCAGAAAGGCCUCAUGCGCUUUCUCCGCCGCACAGAGGGCAUGGAGGCGGGCAGAAAGGCGCUCCUUCGCUGCAGCACUGACGGCACAGGGCAUGGAGGCGGGCAGAAAGGCGUGCGAGUGCUCACUGCAUGUUCACCCCCCCCUUAACUGCCCCCAGCUAAUGCGCUUCCUGCGCCGCACAGAGGGCAUGGAGGCGGCCAGAAAGGCGUUCCUGGCAGCGAGGAAGGCGCGGGAGUGCUCUUUCCACGUGUAUGUGGCUUCAGCUUACAUGGAGCUGUGCCACAACAAGGAGAGCAAGGUGGCGCGGAACGUGUUUCAGCUGGGGAUGAAGAAGUUUGGGUCUGAGCCUGGCUUUGUGCGCGAGUUCGCGCGCUUCUUGAGCCGUCUCAACGACGGGCAGGCCAUGAGGGAACUGCUGCAAGGCGCCCUGGCGUCCCCGUCCCUCGCACCACAUUCCACAAUCAUGCUAUGGGAGGAGCUCAUAGAGUGCGAGCAGCUCUUUGGGGACCUCAACUCCCUUAUCAAGGUGCCCUGCGUCUCAACGGCCUCUCAUUCCGUGCUGAAUUCCCUCAUCCCCGCGUCUCUUUCCCUCAUCCCCGCGUCUCUUUCCCUCAUCCCCGCGUCUCUUUCCCUCAUCCCCACGUCUCUUUCCCUCAUCCCCGCAUCUCUUUCCCUCAUCCCCGCGUCUCUUUCCCUCAUCCCCACGUCUCUUUCCCUCAUCCCCGCGUCUCUUUCCCUGUCUCUUCAGGCACAAGAAGGGCCUGCACCCCCUGCUGUCUCCUCCCUCUCUGCUGCUCUGGCCGCCGCUGCUGCUGUGCUCAUGCCUCGUGAAGGGGCAGCAGGGGCAGGAGGUGCAACAGCAACAGGGGCAGCAGCAGGAGGGGCAGCAGCAACAGGGGCAGCAGCAACAGGGGCAGCAACAGAGGGUGGGGAGGAGGCGAUUUCUAGACGGGUAAAGGAGGAAGCAGGGGAAGAGGAGGGGCCUGGCGCGGCUGUUGGUGCUGAUGGUGCCACUGUUGGUGCUGAUGGUGCCACUGUUGGUGCUGAUGGUGCCACUGUUGGUGCUGGUGAGACGAAAGAGGGUGGGGUGAAGGGUGGGGCGGAGAGGGGAGAACAACAGAGGGAGGGGGCAGCAGGGGAAGCGGGUCUGAAGACACAUCAGUUUGUGGCAAGUGCUGCUGUGGAGUGGAAACCUGGUGAGUGA